CUCUGUAGUAUAAAUAGAUAAAGCUUAGAGUUGGAGUUCUUCAUCCCCAUUCCCCCAACAAUAAAAUACAAAAAAAUACAAAAAAUCGAGAAUGGCGAGGCAAUCAAUUUCAUCCGCUUCUAAGAUGGCUCUCUUAGCCUUCCUCAUGCUGACUAUUGCUACUCCUACGAUGCAAGCAAGUAUGGAGACAAACCCUGAAGCUAACGUUAUGAAAGCAGUGGUGGAAGAACUGGGAAAGGAACAUCUUGCUGCUUAUUAUAAUUACAUGCAGAAAAUGGCUACAAAAGUUGGGUUGGAAGAACCAAAGUUGUCCAUGGUGGUUGAACAAAACUCACUCAAAAUUGGAUGUGUGGGAAUAAGAGGAUAUGCUUGUAAGAAUGAUUGUUGUUCUGGCCUUUAUUGUGUUCCUACAAUGUUAGGAUUUAGCGUUUGCAUGUAAGAUUGUACGCAGCACGUACGUCUUUCUAAUGUUUGUCGAUCUAUAUAUGUAAGUUAAUUGUAAGAAUAAAUAAUGUAGUCGAUGGCUAACUGGAUUGAUCUUGGAAGUUGAUCUUCCAUAGGACCAACUGGCCUAGCUAGCUAGCUAGUACGUCGAUCUACAUGUGUGAUGUGUGUGGUGAACGAUCGAUAUGUUUUACCUUAUUUCCGAUUUCUUGUGUUAAUGAACUCGCUCAUGUUAGGAUCGGAGAGUGAGCUAGUCAUACUCAUGUAUCAUGCAUGCUCAUCUUAUUUCUAACGUAAGUAUAAGUUUCUUGUGUAA